AUGAAACUCUUGAUCCUCUUGAUAUGUGUGCUUGUGGAGAUGCUCGUCGCAAACUGCCAGGAGCUCAUGCAGGGACGGAUCGUGGGAGGCUACGCCCCGGUGCCGCACUCCAUCAAAUACAUCGUGUCGAUACAGACCACCAAAGGCCAGCACUUCUGCGGAGGGUCGCUAAUAAACAAGUACUGGGUACUGACUGCGGCGCACUGUAACAUCGGGUCAGACCAGAUGAUGAUAGUGGCCGGUGACUACUCCCUGGGCAUGUACGAAGGGACUGAACAGUUCUUCAUUCCACACCUCCUGAUCCCCCAUCCACAGUACAACAGCAGCACCAACAAUGCAGACAUCAUGCUUAUUAAGCUCAAAGCGCCAGUGUACCUCAACAGUUUCGUGACGGUCACCCCCCUGCCGCGGCAGGACGCCGUGGUGUCGGAGGGGCGGGUGUGCCGGGUGUCGGGGUGGGGCUACACCAGUCCCAGCGGGGGUCAGAUCCCGUCCACCCUGCGCACAGUGAACCUGCCCAUUGUCUCCACCGCCCAGUGCAACAGCAGCGAGUCCUUUAACGGCAACAUCACCGACUACAUGAUCUGCGCCGGCUACAGCUCCGGCGGCAAGGACGCCUGCAAGGGGGACUCUGGUGGCCCUCUAGUCUGUGAGGGGCGUGUCUACGGCGUGGUGUCCUGGGGGAACGGCUGCGCCGACGCCAGGUAUCCCGGAGUCUACACGGCCGUGUCGAAGUUCCGCAGGUGGAUUGACCGAACCAUCUUCAGCUUCUACGGCAGGUGCCUCAAGUAUUAG